GAAGGAACCAAAAAAAAAAAAAAGGUCAAAAAACUAAAAAGUUGUACAGCAGUAGUUGGAGAAAAAUGGGAUUAAUUUCAAUAAUUAUUUCCAGAUAUCUUCGACACCAGGAAAGUCUUUCCACCAAAGAAUUUCUCACACACACACACACACACACAGUCUCUCUCUACUGUACAGACAACUACACAGAGCAAAAGGGAAGAGGCGAUUUGAGCUUUUAAUCUAACCUUUGUAAAGUAACUGGGGGAAGAAAAAGAUUCAAUCUUUGAAGAUCAGUUUGUCAGUCCGACCUUGAGUUCACCACUCAAAAGCAAGUUCUAAUGGACUCCAAGUCCUUCAAAUUCAUAACCCACCAAUCAUUCUUCGCGGCCGUAAGGGAACAGGACCUUGAGGCCAUCAAGAGGCUCGUACAAGAUCAUGGGUCGGAUCCAUCUUCUUUGAUGAGCUUACAGAAUGAUGCAGGAGAGACCGCUCUGUAUAUAGCUUCAGAGAACAAUUUUGUUGAGGUUGUUACCUAUUUUCUGAACUUCUGUGAUCUGGAGAUUGUGGUGAUCAAGUCUAAAGCUGAUAUGAAUGCUUUUCAUGUUGCUGCUGCUCGUGGACACUUGGGUAAGCUCAUCAAUUCGAUCUUCUGUGUCUCUUGCUUGAUUGUUCAAUUUUUGUUUCUUCUUGUGUUUCGAUAUGUGUAUUUAGAUGGUUGUAAAUCAAGUCCGAAAACAGAAUUGAAGUUGGGGAAUGAAUGACUAGUGAAAAGGUUGCAGGGGUUUUAUUAGUAUAGUUUUUUUUAUCUUUGUUUGGAUUGUUUGAUAUCCGGGUUUUAGUCCUUGUGUAGUAUCAGACUAGGUCCUUAAUUUGUAUCGGAAUUGUUAAAUAGAGAUGAGAAAUAUAUUUUGUCCCAACUAUUAAUAAGUCUUUUGUUGGUUUGUUUGGCUGAUGCCUACCUUAGGGACUAGAAAACUGAAGGAAAUUCAGAAGAUGGGAAAAUUCCUGAGUGUUUGAGAGUCUGUCAGUCUGUCUUUUCUGGUUUUCCUCUUGUUUUUAUCAAUGAUAAACUACAAGGCAUGCCCAAAGGAUCAGUAGAAAAUGAUCUACUUCAUGUUAAUUUGGAAAACGAUGGAAUCCUUGGUGCAAUUACUAUCUAGUUUUGAGAAGGGAAUCGAUAUAUGAUCAUUUUUCACCAGUAAUCAGGUGGAUUGUUAUUUUCAUAUUUCCUGUUCUGUAGCUGAAGUAAAGUUUGUCAGCAGAAUAUUGAUAUUUGUUUGUCCCAAUAAUUUCUUCUAGCUCACUAAAUUUCAAUUGAUCUCAUCCCUUUGUUUACUUACAGGUGAGGUCACCCUGUGUACUUUGAUGUCCAGCUGAAAAACCCUCCAUAAAGUUAGAGUGCUUGAUUGAAAUUUAAAGAUUCCUGGAAUACAUAUCAAAUUUUCAGUGUCUUUGCCAUAUAUAUUACUAGUCUAGCAAUUUCCAUAUGGAGGUGUACAUUACAAUCCGAAUAAUGAAUAAUCAAUAUAGUAGGUUGAAAAUCCUGUGAUAGUUUCAUGACAUGAUAUGCUCUUACCUGCAGAAAUCGUGAAGACAUUUUUGAGCAUGUGGCCUGAGCUCUGUAGCGUUUGCAACUCUUCAAACACAAGUCCCCUUUACUCAGCUUCUACCCAUGGACAUGUAGACGUGGUGAAUGCCAUAUUAGAUGCUGAUAUAAGCUCCAUUCAGAUUGUGAGGAAGAAUGGGAAAACUGCAUUACAUACAGUCGCGAGAUAUGGCCUUGUACCCAUUGUCAAAAUUUUAAUUGAAAGAGAUCCUGGGAUUGUGUCUAUUAAGGAUAAGAAGGGCCAGACAGCACUGCAUAUGGCUGCAAAGGGUCAAGAUGUCACAGUUAUAGAGGACUUACUUGAUGCUGAUCAUUCAAUCUUAAAUGAACGUGAUAAAAAGGGAAAUACAGCUAUUCAUAUAGCUACUAGGAAAGUUCGCUCUCAGAUAUUAAGCUUUUUGCUUUCCUACACGUCCAUCGAAGUCAAUGCCAUUAACAAUCAACAUGAGACUGCAAUGGACAUAGCUGACAAACUCCAAUAUGGAGUGCCAGCUUUGGAAAUUAAGGAGGCCCUGCAAGAGGCUGGAGCUAAACAUGCAAGGUAUAUUGGCCAAGUUGAUGUGAAUAAGGAACUCAAACGGGCCGUGAGUGAUAUUAAGCAUGAAGUGCAUUCUCAGCUACUGCAAAAUGAGAAGACCCAGAGGCGGGUUUCUGGCAUUGCCAAAGAACUAAAGAAAAUCCAUAGAGAAGCUGUCCAGAAUACUAUCAACUCAGUAACGGUUAUUGCUGUCCUCUUUGCCUCCAUAGCGUUCUUGGCUAUGUUCAACUUGCCUGGCCAGUAUUAUAAGUCUGGACCAGAAGCUGGAAAGGCUUAUAUAUCCGGAACAGUUGCCUUCAGAGUAUUUUGUCUCCUGAAUGCGACCUCGCUUUUCAUUUCUUUAGCAGUAGUUGUUGUUCAGAUCACUUUGGUAGCAUGGGACACGACAUCUCAGAAACUAAUUGUUUCAAUUGUGAACAAAUUAAUGUGGGCUGCCGGCAUCAGCACAUGUGGAGCAUAUUUAGCCAUAGCAUUUGUAGUCGUGGGAAAUAAGAGCACUUGGAUGGCCAUCACUAUAACAGUUGUUGGCGUACCUAUUCUUGUUGGAACUCUGAUUAGCUUGUGUUACUUUGUAUUUCGGCAACAUUUUGGGGUUUUUGGGAGUGAUUCUCAGAGGCGGAUUAGAAGGGCAAGUGGAAGCAAGUCAUUCUCAUGGUCAUAUUCUGCUAAUAUUUCUGACAUGGAAGACUACAAUUCCGAUGAUAAAAUCUAUGCUCUGUGAAAAUAUGAGGCAUUUGGUCGGACUGAUUACCUUCUGGGGCCUUGAAUGCCUGCAACUGGUGAUUGUAGCAUGUGCUCAUUGUUGGCCAUGCUUCAUUUCUUACCGGUAUGUCCUACUGAAGCUAGUUUUACAACUUGUGCAGUUCUGAUUUUGAAAUACCUAGGAGAUUUUGUGGUGUCUGGUUGUAUCUGUAGAAAUAAGAAUGUAGAUUUCUUGUACAUAUGCAAGAGAGCUGUUGAGUGAUUAAAGGAUUUUGAUCUCGCUUUCGUACCCAGUUGACUCCUUGAUGAUUCGGGAAUUGGAUUGAUAAUGAUGAUAUUAAAUUCCUUCAGAACUUCAGGACAUGCUCCAGCUGGGAGCUUGACUACUAUAUUAAAACGUAUAAUAUGAUGAAUGAUUCCAUUUCUCUGAUUUAUGCUCCUUCAUUUGCAUCGAUGCUACCUUGUUAGCAGGUUUUUAUUGGAAAAAAUAGAGCUACCUUGUUGAUAGUUGCAGAACCGUUUACUUAAAAACUGAUGUAAUGGCCUUAUCUGAGGUGGUGAAAUGGAUCAUCCAAUCCAUCAUGACAUGGUCUCCGAUUAAAAGUAUAAUACUAGUAUGAGAAAGUGAC